UAUAUAUCGGCACGCACGUCUUACAGACAAUCGUUUCCUUCUUUGAUUUCACCGAAGGAGGAAAAGAAAAUCAAUAAACACGAACUGCGGAAAAGCGCCUGAGAACCACAUCGGAGUACCAAAAUCUCUCUCAGCUCAUCUCGUCCACGACCAUGACAACAUCAAGGCGUCUUGCAGACCGUAAGGUGGAGAAAUUUGAGAAUAACAUCAAGAAGAGGGGUGCAGUGCCUGAAACGACAACAAAGAAAGGAAACUCUUAUCCAGUGGGGCCUGUUUUGCUAGGGUUCAUCAUAUUUGUUGUCAUUGGAUCAUCUUUGUUUCAGAUUAUCCGGACAGCGACAACUGGAGGCAUGGCUUGAAUGACAAGUAUGCUCUUCGUCACAGAGCCUUUGCAACAGCAGGAUCAUGAUAUUUUGUAAUCUUAUCUUUAUGUCAAAAUGAUAGUAGUAAUUAUGUGAUGGUAGACUCGGGUGUUUUUCUGUUUUUGGAACCUAACAAAUUUCAAAUUUAAAUAUACUCCGUUUUUCUUAA